AAAACAAAUUGAUCAAAGAAAAUGUGAAAAGCCCACCAAGCAAAGAACACAUGCGCUCCCCGACAGCACAAACGAAACUUACACAUGAAACUCUCGUCUUCGGCUCCAAUUGUAUUCUCUUGUUGGGUGUUUUCUUUUCAUCCCAAUAAUCAUCGAUUGAUUGGGAAGAAGUCUUUGAGCUAAUUUAUCCAUCUUCUUUCUUCACCGCUUGAAUCCAAAUCAGACCCGUUAAAAGGCGGGCAGCAAUUUACAGUCGAGUUUGGUUCAUGGUGAUAUGUCAGCAACAAAUGCUAGUUUUACAUUUACCAGUGAAUCGGGUUUUUGCACUCGGAGCAUCCCAAAACCGAUUUCAUCAGCUGAAAUGGACCGGGGAAUCUGUGUUCGGGUUCUUGUUGCAGAGGAAGAAGAAAAAGAAGCAGAGUACGUUGGAACGCCGGCCUUUGAAGUUUAUAGUCACUGCCCAGCUGUCCAAUUCCUUUUCUCUGAGUAUUGGCUUCAAUUCGCAGGCAAAUUCUGUUUCUUCACAAUAUCAUUUUAUUUUCAUCUUCUGUGGGUUCUUUUCUUUUUGUUUAAUUGAUAAUCAACCAUUUUGAAAUGAUUUUCGAUUAUGAAUUAAUUGGUAUAGGAGUUAAAAAGAAAAUGCUUUUGAUGGAAUGACUGAGGAACCGAGUAUUUGUUCAUGAGAAUAAAAUUAGUCUCUAGCUCCUCUUUUUCAGAAUUUGUUAUACUGUCUUGAAUGCCCAUUGAACACUUCCUAGAGAUAUCUGAUCAUCUGAGUAGUAAUGAGUUGUAGCAAUAAGCAUGUCUUCUUUUGCCAGGAUAAUGAAUUUCAAAUUUGAUUAGGUAUGCCAUCAAUAUCUAUGUAGCAUGUACUGCCCUUUUUUCCUUGAACAAUGUGUGUGCCCUCUAGUGUUUAGUUAUGAGAAUAUAAUUAGUCUCUUAGUAGCUCCACUUUUCCAGAAUUUGUUAUACUGUCUUGAAUGCCCAUUGAACACUUUUUAGAGAUAAUUGAUCACAUGGGCUAUGUUAAACUGACUGCAUGGUAAACAUUUAGGCUACCCAAAAACGUGAUUUGUCACAAUCACAUUGGAUUGGUCCACUUCCUGGGGAUAUUGCUGAAGUGGAAGCUUAUUGUAGAAUCUUUAGGGCUGCUGAGUGGUUUCACAAUUCAUUAAUGGAUACUUUAUGUAAUCCAUUAACUGGAGAAUGUAGCAUCUCAUAUGAUAUACCAUCAGAGGAUAAGCCAUUGUUGGAAGAAAAAAUAGUCUCAGUUCUGGGUUGCAUGGUGUGCCUCCUGAAUAAAGGAAGAGAGGAUGUAUUAUCUGGGAGAUCGUCAGUCAGGAAUGCAUUUCGUGAAUCAGAUGUAAAUCUACUGGAGGAUAGUCUUCCACCACUUGCAGUUUUUAGGGGUGAAAUGAAAAGGUAUUGUGAAAGCUUGCAUGUUGCUCUUGAAGGGUACUUAACACCUGAUGACACUAGAAGCAUGGAUGUGUGGCGGAAAUUACAAAAAUUGAAGAAUGCAUGUUAUGACUCUGGAUUCCCUCGUCAAGCUGGUGAUCCCUGUCACACAUUAUUUGCCAAUUGGAAUCCUGUUUACUUGUCCGCUGUAGAAGACAAUACAGAUUCAGAUUCUGAGGUUGCCUUUUGGAGGGGUGGUCAGGUAACCGAAGAAGGUUUGAAAUGGCUUUUUGAGAAAGGAUUCAGAACUAUUGUGGAUCUUAGAGCUGAAUCCGUGAAGGAUAUCUUCUAUGAAAAAGCUAUACGUGAUGCUGCUUUGACUGGGAAAAUUCAGGUUGUAAAACUUCCAGUUGAAGUUGGUACUGCUCCUUCAAUGAGCCAGGUUGAGCAUUUUGCGUCGUUGGUUUUAGAUUCAAGGCAAAGACCCAUAUAUCUACAUAGUAGAGAAGGAGUGUGGAGAACCUCAGCCAUGGUUUCUAGGUGGAGGCAGUACAUUGCUCGCAGUAGAUCUCAAAUUCCUUCUCGUCAAGCAAUUUCUUCUCCAGCCUUCCAGUCACGUGAUACUAGAAAAACAGAAGAGGCAGACAUCUCUCAAAACAUUGAAAGUGCUACAGUUUCUGAUGCACCAGUUUCCAAUCCUGAGGACAUGAAUGAAACAUGUAGUUUAUUAAGUGGUGUUGCAAAUGGAAACCAUCAAGCAUCUGAUCAUAGUUCCUUUAUGAAUAAUGGAGUCAGUAGUGAUGUAGCAACUAACCAAGAAAAAGAAUUACCAAUAAAUGAACAGGGAGUAGAUGUACUUGUGAAUUUCUACCCUGAAGUAAAUCCUCUUGAGUCUCAGCUUCCUCCUGGUAAUUUCCUCUCCAAAAAGGAAAUGUCCGAAUUCUUGAGGACUAGGAAAAUUUCACCAUUGACAUAUUUUACUCAUGAAAAGACAAGACUUCAGAAGAUAUCUGCUUUAAUUUACAACUCUAAUGGGAGUACCUGGAGAAAUGAAUACAAUGGAAAUUACAAUGGAUUUGGGACUUACAGAAUGGAGGGUUCAAAUGGUUCAUUAACCCGGAAGAAGUCAUCUUCAAAACCUGUGAUAGCAUCUGGUGAUGGAAAGAUGAUGGAUCUUGAACGCUAUGGUAAUUAUUCUUCUUCAUUCUCAAAUGGAUCCAGCAAUGGUCAUUCAACCACGACUGCAGGAAGAAAUGAUUUUCCUGAUUCAAAAUCUAAACUGGAUAAGGGUGUUAUAUCUUCUACCAAGACUGCAGAAAACCAGCGAAAUAAUGAUGCUUCCUUAUCUGUGCUUGAUAAUGAGUUGGAGGUUGUUGAAGGAAACAUGUGUGCUUCUGCCACUGGAGUUGUGAGAGUACAAUCGAGGAGAAAAGCGGAGAUGUUCUUAGUUCGCACAGAUGGAUUCUCUUGCUCUAGGGAAAAGGUAACAGAAUCAUCUUUGGCAUUCACACACCCGAGUACCCAGCAGCAAAUGCUUAUGUGGAAGUCCCCGCCAAAGACUGUUUUAUUGCUAAAAAAGCUGGGGCAAGAACUCAUGGAGGAAGCUAAAGAGGUUGCUUCUUUCUUAUAUUACCAAGAAAAGAUGAGUGUCCUUGUUGAACCCGAGCUACAUGAUAUUUUUGCAAGAAUCCCUGGCUUUGGCUUUGUGCAGACGUUCUAUAGCCAAGAUACAAGUGAUCUUCAUGAGAGGGUUGAUUUUGUGGCUUGCUUGGGAGGAGAUGGUGUUAUACUCCAUGCGUCAAAUAUAUUCAGGGAUGCAGUUCCUCCUGUUGUCUCAUUUAACCUUGGUUCUCUUGGAUUUCUUACUUCACACGCUUUUGAAGAUUACAAGAAAGACCUAAGACAAAUCAUUCACGGAAACGACACGGUGGAUGGAGUUUAUAUAACUCUUAGGAUGCGUCUUCGUUGUGAAAUUUUUCGAAAUGGGAAAGCUAUGCCUGGAAAAGUUUUUGAUGUCCUCAACGAAGUUGUUGUGGAUCGUGGCUCAAAUCCAUACCUUUCGAAAAUUGAAUGUUAUGAGCAUGAUCGUCUCAUAACAAAGGUACAAGGUGAUGGAGUCAUAGUGGCCACCCCAACUGGAAGCACAGCUUACUCGACGGCUGCUGGAGGUUCAAUGGUACAUCCAAAUGUUCCAUGCAUGCUUUUCACUCCAAUUUGCCCACACUCUCUCUCUUUCAGGCCUGUAAUACUUCCUGACUCAGCUAGACUUGAACUGAAGAUUCCCGAGGAUGCACGGAGUAAUGCUUGGGUAUCGUUUGAUGGAAAGAGAAGGCAACAAUUGUCUAGAGGUGAUUCUGUUCACAUAUCAAUGAGCCAACAUCCUCUUCCUACUGUGAACAAGUGUGAUCAAACAGGUGACUGGUUUCACAGCUUAAUUCGUUGCUUGAACUGGAAUGAGAGACUUGACCAGAAGGCUCUGUGAACAUUAUGGAGCACUUGUAUAUAUAUCUGUACAUAUCAAAAGGUAAAAAAUAUUAUAGGUCAGUAAGAAACGACACGCAUACAUCAUUUUUGCAACUCCCACAUAUAAAAUUGAGGUUCCUUUGCUUACAUAUGUGUAAAUUAGUAUAGCUCUAGGUUCUAAAUGUAACUUGUACAUUGUCAUUUCUCAUAGCUAACUAAGUUAUAAAUCAGUUUCUAGCCUGCAUAACAUAUUGCUCGGACAACUGCUUAUCAGUAUAUCUUCUUUUCAAUGCCCUUUUCCUUGCUGCUUGCUCAACAUGUUGUACCUAUCAUCUGCUGAGACCCCAUUUUGCUUCUUUUAGUAAUGAAGUUGAGUUGUCAUACUAGGUUUAUAAGAUUUUCCAUGAGAUCGGAAUAUUUUUUAUUUAUUUAUUUUAUGUUUUUAGAAUUCCUUGGACUUUUUUAAUGUCGUCUUUCCUCCCCCUCUGGUGCACAGUUUAUAACAGCUUGCCUUAAGGCAUCAUGAUGAUAUUUUACCAAUCGCUAAUUCUAUAUACUGUAUGUAUUGACCACAAUGAUGUUGGCCAAAUGUGACCAAGGAUAUAUGUAACUCGGGUAAUAUUUCUGGUCAUAUUUGUCCUAAAAUUGGCCCGUGAAUAGUUCUUCCACUCGUAGAGUUUCUCACUAGUUUCAAGUUAGAGUUUUGGUUAAAUUUAAUUUUUUAUUUAUUUCAAAAACAAUUGUGUGCUUGAAGAAAUUGUGUACCAAAAUUUGUACCAGUACUGUUCUUUGAAAUUUCACUUUUGAGAGCACAUAUGCGAUGUGCACUGUUCGAACAAAAAACCCUUUAAGUCACACAUCAGAAAUAAGAAUAAAAAAUUUCCGCUAAAUACCAUUAAAAAUCGAAUUAGUCAGAGUAAUGACUUUGGACACCGAAUGUGUAAUAUACAGGGAAAAGAAACUUCGAUAAAUGCACAAGCGGUUAUCCUUGCUUUAUCUCGUCUUAUUAGUGAAUUUAAAUAAGUCAAAAUGAUGUCAAGAGAUGCAUAAUAUGACUUAUCUGCGUUGUAAUAAUUCGCUUAAUAAAUUGUAGGAUUAUUUUCCAAAAAAAAAAAAAUCAUUAUAAAUUUUGACACAUGAGUUAACUCCGCAAUGAAAGUUUAAAGAAAAAACUAACUGCACAAUAUAAAGUUAUUUAAAUAUGAAACAAUAUUUACUCCCAACAAAUACUACUUUUUCCUUUGAAUUAUUUAUGUUCUUUUCAAUAAUAAUCUGCUUUUCAAUUAGUAUUUCAUGUCAGUCUGUCAAUUAAAACAACAAAAUGUGAAAGAGGAAGUUAAUUUUUCAUUUUUUUUAACCAACAAAAUUGUCAACAGUCACACUUCAG